AUGGCAGUUGUACUUCCCUCACCACCCGCCACCGCCAGCCCUGGGCUCGACGGCGUGAUCACCAAACCAGACACCACCACGAGAGCACCGAGAGUCAAGCCAACGAAAGAGGAUCUCCUCAAGACGCACGCCGUCCACGUCCAGAAACAGGCCAACUCGCCCGAGAACGCGCCGAGACCCGUCAAGCAGCCCAACUUGGCGCUUGCCUAUCCUGCUUCGACAAAGUCGAUUCGCGAAGUUGAUAUUAUCCCUCUAUCACAACUCGAGGUCAACUCACACCACCGGGGUUCAGGCCUCAUUCUCAAAGUCAUCAGCCCACCAUUCCUUGGGGCGGGAGCAGUGAGCAUAGUCGAGGAUGAGUUCGGUAAUGUGGACAAGAUCUCCAUCUACAACCAGAAUGACUCGUCUAUCCUUUCUGGUGUACCAGAAGGGUGCAUCAUUGGUGUGAAGGAGCCUUACUACACCAUCAACGGGAAGAAUGCGGAUGGGAGCGAGGAUUACAUGAUCUGUGUCGACCACCCAUCAGAUGUGACGCUGAUUAGGUUCACCGACCCCAUCAUUCCUGAGCCAUUGAGAUUGGGACCAUUGCUCAAGACGGCGGAGGACUGGAAGAAGGCGGGCGAUACGGCGUUUUUGGAGAAGGACUUCCCAACGGCGGUGUUCUGCUACACCGAAGCUCUGGAUUGUGCCGAGGAUGAAGGAUUCAAGCCAUCAAUCUACACCAAGCGCGCCGGGACAAGUCUAAUUCUCGGCCGCUAUGAUUCCGCGAAGGAGGAUGCUCUCGCCUCUCGAACGGGUACCACCACGGACUGGAAAGCAUACUACACUGCUGGGAGAGCAUGCUAUGGGCUUUGCAACUACUCGGAAUCGAAGGAAUAUCUUUCCAAGGCUCUCGAGCUCAACCCAACCAACCCAGCCAUCAAGAAGGAGUACGAGCGGUGUCUCGCCAGGCUGCACGAGGAGGAGACUGGCGACUACGACUUUGAAGCCAUCUACAAGUCCCUCAGCCCAAAGAACGUUCACCUGGACUUGGGGUCUUUCACCCGCAACACAGAGGUAAAGGCAAGCCCGCUCCACGGAAGAGGAUUGUUCGCCACCAAGGAUCUCGCACCCGGGGAUCUUGUCUUUGCAGAAAAGGCCACCCUGAUGCCCAACCAGUACGAGCCGAUGAGGGCGUCGGCUGCGCUGUAUGCUUUGACCGUCCGUCAACUGCUAGACAACCCAUCACUGUGCAAGUCAGUACUCCAGCUCUACCCCGGCGAGAUGACCUACGAGCGAAACCCGCUCGAAGGCACCCUCGUAGAUGGUGUUCCAGUCCUAGACGUCUUCGUCAUCGAAGGCCUCCGCAACAAGAACUGCUUCUCCGUGCCCCUGUCAACACUCGAAGACACCAGGCCAACCGCCCAAGAAGGUCGCCAAGCGAAAGGUCUCUGGGUCCACGCCAGCAACCUCAACCACGCCUGCGUCCCCAACACCCUCCGAUCGUUCCUCGGCGACAUGCUGAUCUCCCGUGCGACUCGACACAUCAAGGCAGGCGAGGAAAUCUUCCAGCAGUAUGUCCCCGUCAAAUCCCUCCCUGAUGUCCGCAACGGGGUGUACAAAGACGGAUGGGGUUUCGAGUGCUCGUGCACCCUGUGCGUCGCCGAGCUCAAGCAAUCGUCGGAGGCUAGUCGAGAGAAGAGGAAGGAUUUGCUCGCGCAGGUGGAGAAGAUCUUGAACAAGAAGACGCCGAGGGCAAAGACGAUUAUUCCCGACGCGACGAUUCGAUCGGUGGAUAAGCUGAUGAAGCAGUUGGAGGAGGCGCACGAGCCAGAGAUUUACGGGCGAUUGCCGAGACUGACGUUGAUUUACGGGAGCAAUUGGUUGGUUGGGGCGUAUAGGGGGAAGAAGAACUACUCCAAGACGAUUAGAUAUGCGGUGAAGGUGCUGAGGAACUUUGGGUUUGAGAUGCCGCAGGGGGCGGAGAGCCAGGACAAGGUGUGGGACCCGAGGCAGAUGUUCUUUUCGGAGGAGUGGCAUUCGUUGAUGACGAUUCAUGUGGUGGUUGCCUUGAGGAGGUUGGCGGAGGCGUACAAUGGGUUGGGGAAGAAGGAGAUGGCUGAGAGGAGUGUGGAGGCGGCCGAGUUUGGCUAUAUGCUCGUUACUGGGUUCAAAAAUGACCUGAGCAAUUUGGAUAGGUAG